CAGCAUAAAUAGCAAAGCAAAGUACAGCACAGCCUGCUGAACACCACAGGAUUCUUGGAACCUGCGUAGUUCCACUGGAAGAUGAAGCCCACCCUCUACCUGUGUUUGUUACUUGCUGGGCUUCAUGCUGUUGCCCAUUGCGAUCACCUGCCUGGCCACCACAAUGGACAUGACCAUCAUCAAGGUACAGACCAUGAGGAACACCAUCAUGUAGGUGACUGCCUCAAACUAGCUCCUAGCAAUGCUGAUUUUGCAUUUAGACUCUACAAGCAGAUUACCGCAGAAGCCCCUAAGAAGAACAUUUUCUUCUCUCCUGUUAGCAUCUCUACUGCCUUUGCAAUGCUGGGCCUUGGUGCUAAAUCAGCCACUCUGACUCAGAUUCUGGAAGGACUUGCCUUUAAUCUGACAGAACUUCAGGAGAAGGAGAUUCAUGAUGGUUUCCAUAAUCUCAUCCACAUUCUAAACCAUCCUGACAGUGAGCUCCAACUCGAUAUGGGAAACGCCUUGUUUCUAAAAGAAAAACUGAAAACACUAGAGAAGUUUUUAGCUGACAUCAAAAACCUGUAUGAAGCAGAAGCUUUUAGUAUCAACUUCAAGAAUACUGCAGAAGCUCAGAAACAUAUCAAUGAUUAUGUAGAGAAGAAAACACAUGGGAAAAUUGUUGAAUUAGUCAAGGAUCUUGAUCCAGAGACUGCAAUGAUUUUGGUUAGCUAUAUCUUCUUUGAAGGCAAGUGGGAAAAACCUUUUUUGCCAGAAGACACUAAAGAAAGAGACUUCUUUGUGGAUGAGGAAACAAUCGUUAAAGUUCCUAUGAUGCACAGAAUGGGCAGGUUUAACCUCCAUUUCGAUACGGAGCUGUCUUGCACAGUGGUCCAACUUUAUUACAAUGGAAGUGCAACAGCAUUUUUUAUUCUGCCUAAUAAAGGAAAAAUGAAGCAGGUAGAAGAUGCUCUGUGGAAAGAAACUGUGACCAGAUGGUCAAAUGAACUCCAUCUAAGCUCAGCAAACCUGUACAUUCCAAAAUUUUCGAUCUCUGCUACCUAUGAUUUAAAGGACCAUCUCACCAAAAUGGGCAUUACUGAUGUGUUCACCAAACAAGCGGAUCUGUCUGGAAUCACUGGGGACCCUGAGCUACAGGUUUCAAGAGUUGUCCAUAAGGCCGUGCUGAACAUUGAUGAGAGAGGCACAAAGGCAGCAGCAGCCACUGCCAUUGAAAUAAUGCCGAUGUCUGUUCCUGUAAACAUUGAAUUCAACAUUCCCUUCCUGGUGAUGAUUUUUGAUAGAACUACCAAGAGCACACUCUUCGUUGGAAAGAUAAAUAACCCUGCUGAACCUUAAGUGCUAUCAAUUCAGACGGCUAUUACUAAAUAAAGAAGCUUUGCCACCUGAA